AAAUUGUGUACAGUAAAACGAAACUCGCCCAUUUUCAAUGAAAAGCACUUGAAUGGAGAUAUCACUAUUACGCUCACUAACACACAGUGGACAUGUAUGCUUUUUUUAUUUCUCCCAUUUAUAGAUUAGGUUAAAUGUAUAGUGAUACUGUGUUAGUGAAAACAUAACCGCCAUUUUUAGUUCAAGGAAAUAGUUUGUGAUAAUCGAUACUGUGUUUAAUGUCUUUUUGAAGAUGGUGUAUACCAGGGAAUUUAUCAAAGUAUUUGGUUUGGUUCUUGGUGUUACAUUGCUUAAAUCGGGCAAUGGGACUGAACAUUGCAACCAUCCAUGGAAACAAGAUUUUGGUCUUCAUAUUAAUGACUCAACAGAAGAAUCCUUUAACAGUUUAUCUAACAUCUUAGAAGGGUUUUUGACGAUAACAACUUCAGGGAAAUUUAAUGACAUCAUAGAGAAAGAGAUAAAGACAUGCGUAAUGAGCUCAAACUGCAAGAUAUAUACACUACUGGAUAAAAAGCUUGAAAAAUCAUUGACUUUCUGUAUUGUGGUGAAUGGAUCAGAAACCUGCUAUAAAUCCAACUGCACUUGCCAAAAGAACGAUCGAAAAAUCCGUGCUGUAUCGAGCCGAGUGCAUAACACGACAAAUAAGGACAAGCCAGGCCCAAGAAAGGAUUUUGUGUGUACAAUCAUGCCUAGCAGUAGUAGCCAUGUUUUGUCUACUCAUCAUUUUAGAACAGAUUCAAGAACAGAAAAUCUGACAAAAUGUAUAAAUGCAAGUAUGCUAACAACAGAUGAGCAAAACAUAUUCAUUGGAGAUGUUCCUUUGAGAGGUGUGUCCAUUUGGCUAAAUGCAAUGCCAUUUUUCAUUGGAGUUGGUGUUGGCACUUUAUUUGGAGGCUUUUUAUCUUUUAUUGCAUUUAGAAGAAAAUAUUCAUGUUUUGGCUCAAAUAAAAAGGAAAACGUGGAUAAAGCUUUAAAUGACGAUAUAUGUUUUAAUGAAAUCACCGAAUACUCAGAAAUACCAGAGUAUACGAAAAGAGUUGAUUUAGAGGAAAAAGAAAAAUUAUUAGAUGAACCAGACCUUCGUACAGAUCAACCCAACAUGACGAAUGUGGAAUAUCACGAAUGUAUUCCAAUGUUCAAUAAAGAUAAUAAAUGUGAGUCAGACUUUGAAAGGAAACAUAUUGAUGUGAAGGAACACGCAAAGGGAAAAAUAAAUGAGUACAUGGAGCAUCCUUUGGAUACAUUCUCUAAUAACCCGGACAUUGACACAGACGACAAAAAACCCAAAGGUCAGAAUGGUGUAACAGUGGUUUUGUACGAGACACCCACUGAACCUUACUUCCUGUUGAGUACAACCAGGGAUACAAAGGACUCACAACCUGAUUUCACUGGAUGUGCACACCAUGAUAAAAACCAAGGAGAGCCUGCCAACAGUAAAACUUUACCUAUAACAUCAGAAGACGUCAACCAUAAAAAUACAGAUGAGUCAACAUAUCAGGAAGGAAAAGAACAACCAAUUGAGAACGAGUAUUUCGUACUGAAAGAACGUUCCUGAACUAAACAGGAAGUUCUGAUAUAGUCAUCCAGGAUGUACUGACGAAAUUCUAUCCAAAAAAAUAUUAUACGAACAUCAAAAAUUGAAAUAUGUGUGUCAUUUUGGAAAAAUUUUUGCAUCCAUUUUAUUCCAGAUUCUCAGUGUUUCUUAUUGUUUUAAAUGUCAUAAUUCCAUGUACUACCCACUGUAGAGGAAAUUAACAGAACGCAUUUUUAGUCUCUUAAAAUGCUAAUUAAGAUAAAAUAUGAAUUGAAAGUGUACAGAAAGCGUAUGUAUAAACAGUUUAGCUACAUUGAAUGACACGAUGUAAAUUAUGAAAAUUAUAAACAUUUAUCUUAUAUUGUAAAAUCCCCAUUGUAUUUUAUGCUACUGAA